AAAACUUGAAUGCCUUGUUAUUGGAAUAAAUAACUAUUAAAAAAUAAUUUUUAUUUGGCUAUUGAUUUGUCAAAGUAUUGACAAAUUAUGACUAAAUCUGAUGUCAAUAAUAAGUCUCAAAGAGUUGGUCCGCCGCCCAUCAGAUAUGGAAUUAAUUAUGUUAACCCUGAAGAAGAGGAUCAGAUGGAAAUCUAUGGCUUCAAACCCGACUUUUUCCGUACAUUCAUCACAUGGAUUGGGAUAAUCAUGAGUUGCGGACUUUUACGACUCGUCUUUCACUGGAAACCUCAUUGGAUGCUCUCAUGUACUCACGUCCGAUGUCCUCUGGAUUGUGCCAAAAAAGUAUUACUUAUUGAUCAGUUUUUGCAAAAGUUUACCGAAGAUAUCAAAAACUUGUCGACAAAUCUAUUGCAAUAUCAAUACUCUCAGUCAACAGAGAGUCUUGAAGUGGCCGCUAAUAAUUCAGAGACAACUAAUAGUCUGGUAAUACCGAAGCCCAGGGGUGUCUUCGAGUCGACCAAUUCUUUAACAUAUUUUGAGAACAAAAAGGUUCGCUAUGUCUGGGAUUCUGAUGAAAGAGUUUUUUUCAAAGUUCGUGGACUCGAUUCUGACAUUUAUUGUUCAUAUUUUUACCAACAAAAAGGUCUUACAGCCGAUGAACAGGAGACCAGACGAAUACUUUACGAUGAAAAUGCUAUUGUCGUUGAAAUCAAAACUAUUUUUCAAAUUUUAAUACAAGAAGUUUUGGAACCGUUUUAUAUUUUUCAAAUCUUCAGUUUACUUGUCUGGGGUUUAGACGAGUAUUACUAUUACGCCGCUUGUAUUGUCAUUAUGUCCGCCCUAUCACUCACAUCGAGCGUCAUUCAGACCCGCAGAAAUCAGAAACAACUUCGGGAUACCGUCCAAGGGAUGGACACUAUUAAUGUUUGUCGCGGUAAUGAUAUUUAUGAAGAGAUCGAAUCAUCAAAGUUAGUCCCGGGAGACCUCAUAGAAGUACCGGCUUUCGGAUGUAUUAUGCAAUGCGAUGCCGUUCUCCUCACGGGUAAUGUGAUUGUCAACGAAUCAAUGCUAACCGGUGAGAGUGUUCCGGUGACAAAGACACCGCUUCCCAACACUACCACUGAUGAGUUAUACGAUACUAAAGAGCACGCGAAGCACACAAUAUUUUGCGGCACAAAAGUCAUUCAAACUCGUUAUUAUAAUAAUGCAAAAGUCAAAGCAGUUAUCAUUAGGACGGCAUACCAGACGGCUAAAGGAGAACUAAUCCGUUCCAUAAUGUUUCCCAAACCCGUCGACUUUAAACUCAACCGACACAUCCACAAGUUUAUCGGUUGUUUGGCUGUCCUGUCAUUUAUCGGGUUUUUAUAUACAGUAGUAUUAAAAACAAUUCGAGGAGUUCCCUGGCAUAAGAUUGUCUUGAAGGCUCUCGAUUUGAUCACUAUAGUGAUACCUCCAGCACUUCCAGCAGCCAUGACAAUAGGUGUGGUGUUUGCACAGUCAAGAUUGCGCCGAUCAAACAUAUUCUGCAUAUCUCCCCGAUCUAUAAACAUCAGCGGUUGCAUAAAUUGUGUCUGUUUUGAUAAGACCGGUACACUUACUGAAGAUGAUCUUAACUUUGCCGAAGUUGUUCCCGUCGAUAUCGAUAAAAAUAAAUUUGAUUCAGCCGUCGAUGUACUCACAGAUCUAGAUUACGGACCACUAUUGGUAUGUCUGGCGUCUUGUCACUCGUUAACCAUUAUUGAUGACAAUAUAAUUGGUGACACAUUGGACCAAAAGAUGUUUUACGCCACUGAAUGGAUACUAGAAGAGCCUCAAGUGAGCGAUACGACUAAAUAUGAUUUGCUCGCUCCGACUGUUGUCAAACCUAACAAUAAGGAAUUGGGUCCAGAAGUCGGUAUUCUGAGACAAUUUCCAUUUUCAUCUAGUCUUCAAAGAAUGUCUGUUGUAACCCGUAUGACAAACGGCACUGAAUUUGAAUUGUAUGCAAAGGGCUCUCCAGAAAUAAUAUCGUCUUUAUGUGAUCCAAACUCACUGCCAGAAGAUUUCACGGACACACUUAUGGAGUACACGGAAAAAGGUUUUCGUGUCUUAGCCUUAGCUUAUCGUCCAUUACCUGCUCUGACGUACCCGAAGUUGCAAAGAGCCGGUCGUGAAGAUCUCGAAAAGAAUUUACAGUUUUUGGGUUUACUUAUUAUGGGAAAUAUGUUGAAACCAGAAACUACUCCUAUCAUUGAGACAUUAUUGUCGGCUAAUAUUAGGACUGUUAUGAUAACCGGUGAUAAUAUGCUAACAGCUCUCAGUGUUGCGCGUGAGUGCAAUAUGAUUCAGCCCUACCAUAAAGUAGUACUUCUUGAACCCGAUUCUACCGGUUAUUUGGAUAAUAGCGAUGAAAUGCCGACAUUGGUCUGGAAAUUUGCAAACCCGGUGACCAAACGUAGAACUUCUAUUGUUAACUUCAAGCUCGUCGAGGGUCAGGACAAUGAUAGACUACAUGUAGCCAUCACUGGCAGGACAUUCAAAAUUCUUAGAGACCAUUAUCCCGAUCUCUUGAAUAAGGUUGCCAUUAGAGGAACCGUAUUCUCUCGUAUGGCACCCGAACAGAAACAACAGUUAGUGGAAUUACUACAGGAAUUAGGAUAUAUUGUAGGAAUGUGCGGAGAUGGAGCUAAUGAUAUGGCAAGUCUAAAGCAGGCACACGCAGGGGUCAGUCUAUCGGAGGCCGAGGCAUCAGUGGCCUCACCGUUCACAUCAAAGACACCGGACAUCUCGUGUAUUCCAAUACUGAUACGAGAGGGCCGGGCGUCGAUUGUCACCUCAUUUGGUAUAUUGAAAUAUAUGGCUCUUUACAGCUUAACUCAAUUCUUCUCCGUCAUUAUCCUCUAUACGUUUUAUUCCAAUUUGACUGAUAAAGAGUUUCUAUACGAAGAUCUCUUUCUCAUAACUCUUUUUGUUACACUCUUUGGCCGCAGCGAAGCGUUUGAUCAAUUGAAUCGUAAACCGCCGCCGUCUUCACUCAUUGGAAUCACUCCAUUGUCUUCCAUAGCGUUACAAAUACUUUUGGUGGCAUUCAUUCAAGUGAUUGCCAUUGUUAUCGUUUGGCAACAAUACUGGUAUCGGCCACAUGUGACCUCUGACCCCGAAGACUUGGCCAGUCAUGACAAUUACGCCAUAUUCGCCUCCUCUGUCUUCCAGUACAUCACACUAUCGGUUGUUUUCUCCAAAGGAGCGCCUUAUCGAAAGCCUAUUUACACUAAUCAUCUUUUUACACUCGCUCUGGUUUUGUUGACAAUACUGACCAUAUAUUUGGUCGUAUAUCCAACCGAAUGGAUCGCAGAGUUUUUGGAGUUGGAUAUUAGAUACGUUCCGUACAAUUUCCGUAUAUUAAUGGUUUUGUUAGCCGUCGCUCACUUUAUUCUGGCCUUCUUUGCUGAGUCAUUUAUUGUCGAUUUUCUGGUAUUCAAAAAGUUGCGAAAAUGGUUUCCCUCGUUAUCGCCGUCUGAAUCUCUAUAUAAAGAAAUCGAUAACGAAACCAAACACAAUACCCGAUGGCUGCCAAAUCCAUUAGCCGCUUAUAAUAAGCCUCACCGUCGAAACGGGUCCACCUUUUCGUCGUCCAUUAAUCAGAACGCCGGAAGUGAACUGUUGGGCAAAAGUUCGCCGCCAGAGUCGGGCGUUUGGACACAGUCUCAGGCCUCGUCUGUGAGUCCAAUAGUCUUAAGAGGUAGUAAUAACAACAACGAUGUCCAUCACAAGCCCAUUGUCUAAAAAAAUGUUACAAUCAUUGUAUCGACCAUUUAGGUAGUCAAAUGAAACACGAGCUCAACAAUUGAUCGAUAAAUUUA